UAUCAUGGCGGCUCCCGUAGACGGGAAGAGGCAAGCGUUCGGAAGCCGGUUCCUGAGCGACCCGGCGAAUGUGUUCCGCCACAAUGCUUGGGACAACGUGGAGUGGUCGGAAGAGCAGGCCGCGGCGGCGGAGAAGAAAGUGCAGGAGAACAGCACCCAGCGCGUGUGCCCGGAGAGACAAGUUGAUUAUGAGGUCAAUGCUCAUAAGUACUGGAAUGACUUCUACAAAAUUCAUGAAAAUGGAUUUUUCAAAGAUAGACACUGGCUAUUUACCGAAUUCCCUGAAUUGGCGCCUACACAAAAUGAAAAUUACCUGAAGGAUUUGCACUUGGAGAACAAAAGGAAUGAAGUUCCUGAGUGUAGAAGCAGUGACAGCGGGUCUGAUUUAACAAUAAAAGAACAACACAAGUGUUCUACCAGCCUUGGACAUAAAAUACAGAAGCCUCCUGUGGAAGAGGAUGUAACUCAGAAACUCAGUCAUCUGAUGGUUUGUACUGAUGACUUUCCUGGAUCCUCAGCCACCUACAGAAUACUUGAGGUUGGUUGUGGUGUGGGAAACACAGUCUUUCCAAUCUUACAAACUAACAGUGACCCAGGACUCUUUGUUUACUGUUGUGAUUUUUCAUCAACAGCUAUAGAACUGGUCCAGACAAAUUCAGAAUAUGACCCUUCCCGCUGUUUUGCCUUUGUUCACGAUCUGUGUGAUGAAGAUCAGCACUACCCAAUGCCUAAAGAAAGUCUUGAUGUCAUCGUUCUGAUAUUUGUUCUUUCAGCAAUUGUUCCAGACAAGAUGCAGAAAGCUAUCUGUAGACUGAGCAAACUUCUAAAGCCUGGAGGGAUGAUGCUUCUGCGAGAUUAUGGUCGCUAUGACAUGGCUCAGCUCCGAUUUAAAAAAGGUCAGUGUCUGUCUGGAAAUUUCUAUGUGAGAGGUGAUGGCACCAGAGUCUACUUCUUCACACAGGGUAUGAAAAAUAUUAUCUUUAUUUUUGCUAAAAAUACCUGAACUACCAAGUCAGAUAUGUCAUCUG